CGCUCCGCGUCCUUGUCCCUCCCUCUCGCCUCACCCCAGGCUGGGGCUCGUCGCUUCCACUUCUCUCUCCACACUUGGCACAAGCUUUCUUUCCCUUUUGUUUGUUACCGGUGUUUUUCUCUUCACGUGAGGCGUGGGGCCGGCCCCUCCUGGGACGGAGGUUACUGGGAAGCUCCCGCCCUUCGACCCCUGCGGGCCCUGGGUUGCUGGGGACCUUCUCAAGGCCCUUUUUACUUCCCAGGGCUGCGUGCUCGCUUGGGGCCCUCUCCCCAGUUACUGUCUGCGGAGGGGCCGUUCCUUUCCUGGUUUCAACAGGUGAGGCUGCUAUCUGUCAGAAGGGAACUUUUUGUACCAUUUGCCUCAGACACAGUCUAUCUGCACGUUCUAGAGUUUUAUUAUUCAAAAAAUAAAUGUCACUUAUUUGAUUGAGGUGGUGCCAUGCAGCAAGAAGCAGAGAGAUGCAGAGUUCGAGUCAGGAGGCCUGACAUGGCGCUUUAUGUACCCAAAGCUCGAAGGGGUAUCGUAGUGCACAAAUCAGGUGAUGAGGGAAAAAGCUGUGGUCCACCUAAGUCCAUGGUGAAAGAAGAACAAAAGGAAGAUUCUUUCUCUCAAAAGGAGAUCAUUAGAGACAAGCGUGAGGCUCAAAGACUAAGUAUUAAUCCUGAUAAAAAGGAGCACAAUCAUAGGGAAGGAAAGAAAGCUUCAACAAAAUUUAAUAAAGUUGCGUGGCUUCAAGAAAGAAAUAAAGAUAGUGUUUGUACUAAGAGGGCAACCACAGAAUCCAAAAAAGUAUUAUCGCAAGGACAUCAGCAAAGAGUCCCAAAUCCUGGGAUUAUACCUAUAGUACCUUUACAAAGACAUUUUAAACCAAAGAAGGUAGAGUGUUUGGAGGUUGAAACCAGAGAUGUGACAGAACAGGACGGGUUGCUUCAAUAUCAGUCUUGUUCAGAAAUCAGUAAGGCUCAGGUUCCAAACAAACCAUUCCAAAAUGUGGAAUUCUCUGAUUUCAACAGGCGUGAACUAAAUGGGGAAACAUUUGAAGAUAGAAAUUUGGAAAGCAGAAUGGAAACUGAUGCCAGGGUUGCAGAGAUACUAUCCCAGUUUCCUGGAGAUUUUAGUUCUGUGGUGAAACCUGAGAGUAUGAUUGCACCAGUAAAACCAAGCUCUGAUUCUGGAAUUGUACAACAAGGCAUGCAGACAUCGGGUGGAAUGCUGAAGCGCAGCAAUGGAGGCAUCACCACUGAUUCUGUUCCUGGAAGUCCAGUUGGUAUCAUUGAUCAGACUUGCAUAGACUUGGAUGCUGAGAAUGUUGGUGAUACAGCCAACAGUACAGAUUUCAUCUUGGGUCAGAAAGGUAUAGAUUCCAUUCCUGAGACUAUGGGUCACAUUUCUCAUCAGAUGACUAUAGUCAGCAAAUUAGAGAGCACAAAUGGCAUUUUUGAUCCAACAACGAUUAGAGGAUGUGAGGAGAGUGACAGCACUGCUGAUGAGUUAUGUGUAAAGUGUGAAUCUUCUGAUACACCUGUCCUUGCUCAUGAAACAUACACAAAUAAUGGGUCUAAGAGUGUAGGUGACAUUACCAAUAAGACAUGUAUGAUGGACAUUACAGAUAUCAUAUCUGAUCAAAUAAGUGUAGUUGCUGUUAGAGUAGCUCAUGAGACCUGUAGCAACACAAGUAGUUUCUUAGACUAUUUAGAAAUAAGUGCAGAUACAUCCCCUCUUCAUGUAGCUAAAAGGGGGAAUGACACUGAACAUUUCAGCAACCUGACUGCUUGCUCAGAUAUUUAUGCUGAGAGUAUUUCAUCUAGUUUCACAGAGUCGACAGGAAAGUUGAUAGAGAGCUUGUCAGAUUGUGCUUCCUCCUUACCUGUAAAGAAGAUUGCUGGUAGUAAUUGUAACACUUUUUUGGACUCUGAACUCAGUAUGUUAAAUGGGACAAAAGUAUUUUCAGACAGUGCUUUGGGCAGUGAUCAAGAUUGUACUGGUGAUAUAACAGAGGCAUUGCAUGAACUUAAAACUGCUGAAGAGUUGAAAACAAAAGAAGAAGAUGGCUCAGAGACUACAGAACUUGGGGUAACCUUUCCUGAUAUAGAAUCAGUAUCUGUGGAAACAUCCAUGGAAUCGAAAGCAACUGAUAUGUCUCACACAGAAGCAAGUGCUGCUACUGAGGAGAGCUGGGAGUCUAUGUUUAAUGAUGAUGGUGACUGCCUGGACCCACGUCUUCUACAAGAGUUAUCAGGGAAUAUGAAGAAUAGAGAAAGCAUCCAAGAACCUAUAUUUGAUUAUUACAACCAUGAAGUUCCUGAUAUUGACCUCAGUGAUUGUGAAUUCCCACAUGUCAUUGAAAUUUAUGACUUCCCCCAAGAAUUUCGUACUGAAGAUCUCCUACGGAUUUUCUGCACUUAUCAAAAGAAAGGAUUUGAUAUUAAAUGGGUGGAUGAUACACACGCCCUAGGAGUAUUCUCCAGUCCGAUUACAGCUCGUGAUGCUCUGGGUAGUAAACAUACCAUGGUGAAGAUCCGGCCCUUGUCGCAGGCCACGAGAGCAGCCAAGGCCAAAGCUAGAGCUUAUGCUGAGUUUCUCCAGCCAGCAAAGGAGCGUCCUGAGACUUCAGCAGCCCUAGCCAGAAGGUUAGUCAUCAGUGCCCUUGGGGUUCGAAGUAAGCAGAGCAAAACCGAACGGGAAGCAGAACUUAAGAAACUGCAAGAAGCCCGCGAGAGAAAACAAUUGGAAGCCAAGCAACGGGAAGACAUCUGGGAAGGCAGAGACCAGUCUGCAGUUUGAACAUCACUUGAUGACAGGGAUAAUUCCAGGAAUUCAGAAAAUAUUUCCAGUCUUCAGAGGAUUUUUCCAGAGCUCUGUGUACAUGCAGAUGUGCAUGUUAAUGAAAGAAAGAGAUAAGCAAUCAAGACAAGGGCUGACUAGGUAUAGGAGGAAGAUAGACUCCUGUUUGUCUUCACUCCUAAAGCAGUUCUUUGGAACUGCCUUAACUGUGUUGGACGUGGAAGGAAGCCAUCAGUUAGGAAGGAACUUGGAAGCUGUGACUUCCAAGAGUCCUCUGGACAGGGCAAGUCACACUUCCAAGAUGUUUUAAGCAAAUGCAAAACAGAGGAUUCAAACCUGUGAUGAUGGGAGAUUAAGGCACCGCAAAGGCAGGGUGUUCCUUAGUACCUCACAAAGCUGAGAACAGCAGUAUUGCAGGGGGUGGGUGAGGUGGGCGGUCAGAGGGGAGGGAGCUGUUAGUACAAGGAGAUGGAACGGUAUCUGGUGUACUUGGUGUUCACAGAAUCUGCACGGCCGGUUCCAGAGCCCCCAAGUUGGUGAACUGCAGCAGGUGUAGGUAUUUGGACUCCACAGCUUGUACUAAGCUGAGUGCCUGGGGCUGCUCCAGCCGCAUGGCAGCCUGGGGCGUGCCCGCUUCAUUCCUUACAGGAAGCCGGUCUUGGGAGCUGUGUGCCAGUUCCAGUUUAAGCAGUACUAUCACGUUGUGAGAGAAAGACAUUAAAGCCC